AUGGCGGAGCAGACGGAAAGGGCUUUCUUGAAGCAGCCCAAGGUGUUUCUCUGUUCCAAGAAGGCUGCCAAGGGGAACAAGCCUGGCAAGGGAGGAAACAGAUUCUGGAAGAACAUUGGCCUUGGUUUCAAGACACCCAGGGAAGCCAUUGAAGGAACCUACAUUGAUAAGAAAUGCCCAUUCACUGGCACUGUGUCUAUCAGGGGUCGCAUCAUCGCUGGAACAUGCCACAGUGCUAAGAUGAAUAGGACCAUCAUUGUUCGUAGGAAUUAUCUUCACUUUGUCAAGAAGUACCAGAGGUAUGAGAAGAGGCACUCCAACAUCCCUGCGCACAUUUCACCAUGCUUCCGUGUCAAGGAAGGAGAUCAUGUGAUCAUUGGCCAGUGCAGGCCACUGUCAAAGACUGUAAGGUUCAAUGUGCUCAAAGUCAUUCCCGCAGGUUCAAAGAGUGGAGCAGUGAAGAAGGCUUUCACUGCCACCACUUAA